UAGACUAACAGACACUCGUUGCGAGAAGACCAUGAGAGCUGCAGCCAUCUCCAUGCCAAGGUUGAACAAAAUGCCAGGAAUGUUCUCUGCUAGCCCAAAGGAUUCAAAAGAACCAAGCCAUUCUCUUCUAGAUGACAACAAGCAAAAAAAGAGGCCAAAGACUUUUGGAAUGGACAUGAAAGCAUACCUAAGAUCUAUGAUCCCUCAUCUGGAAUCUGGGAUGAAAUCGUCCAAGUCCAAAGACAUACUUUCAGCUGAGGAAGUAAUGCAGUGGUCUCAGUCUCUGGAAAAACUCCUUGCCAACCAGAUGGGUCAAAAUGUCUUUGGGAAAUUCCUAAAGUCUGAAUUCAGUGAAGAGAACAUCGAAUUCUGGUUGGCUUGUGAAGACUAUAAGAAAACAGAGACUGAUCUUUUGCAUAACAAAGCAGAGCAUAUAUACAAAGCAUUUGUGCACUCAGAUGCUGUGAAACAAAUCAAUAUUGACUUUCAUACUCGGGAAUCGACAGCCAAGAAGAUCAAAACACCAACUCUCACAUGUUUUGAUGAAGCACAAAAAGUCAUAUACGCACUUAUGGAAAAGGAUUCUUAUCCCAGGUUCCUGAAAUCAAAUAUUUACUUAAAUCUUCUAAAUGACCUUCAGGCGAAUACCUUAAAGUGAGUGACUCCUUGCUGACAGGAAUUCAAAGAUAGUAUCAAGGACAGAAGGAACAUGAGACUGCCUACGGGAUCAGUCUGGCCUGCUGGGGAGACUCAUCCGUCGGGUGAAGUGCAGAUGAACGGAUUCACACAGAAGGUAUCUAAAUGGAGACUUGAGGGAACAUUGCAAGAAGAACAGGGUGAGGCAAGUGGAAGGAGAAAGUGUGGGACUGUCAUGAAAUACAGUGGGACUCUAUUAGACAACCCUCCCAACUGGGAAGGUCAGCUGACUCUGGCAACACAAAAACUGUGAAUAAUUUGUAUGAGACUGAUUACUCUGUGCUAUAAGCUUCAAGAACAGCGGACGUGUAUGCUACAUGCUGUUGUGUACAAUGUGUUGAACUCUGACAAUCUCCUUCCUGUACAUAAUCAGUCCAAAAGUAUAUAUUGCAAAUAGGAGUUGCUAUUAUUGACAUGAAGAACUUUUUAUUUGUUUAUUUAAUUGUAUUUGGCUUGGAGUUGAGAAAGACAAUUAUAUAUUUAACCUAUUUUUUAAUCUAAGAAGUUAUAAUGUAUCUGUAAAUUAAAUUAUCACUGUGGCAAUAAUAAAUGUGGGCAUUACAUUAAAAUAGAGAGAGA